AUGAGAAAGGAAAGCUUGUGUGAGGGUAUUAGAAGAAUCGACAGUGAUGCUGAUUAUUGGGAGUUUGUGGAGACUGUUUAUAGUCUGGAGAGUGAUAGUCUUGAGAGUGAGUUAGAUGUGUACAUUGACCACCGAAAUGAACCAAUUCUUGAUUGGGCUGAUAACGAGUUCUUAGAAGAUGGUAAAGGGUAUGAGUUGGAUGAGUUGGAUGAAGAGGAUGACAAGGAUUCUGAAGUUUCAAUGAAAAUGGAAUAUGAACAUGAAUGGGAUGAUGAAGAUGAACAUACUUUUGAUAAAACUGUUAGAGACCCAUUCUUGGACAAACUUUCAGGGCAUAUUAGUGAUGAUGAUGAAGAGGAAGCAAACAAUGGGAAACUUAAGGAUGUUGUGUUCCCUGUCCAUAAUGAGAAUCAAGAAUGGGAGCAAAUGGUGCCAGUUUUGGGUAUGAAGUUUUCUAAUCCAUUGGAAUUGAAGUUGUGUAUCACCAACUAUGCAGUCAAAAAUGGAUAUGAUUUAUGGUAUGAGAAAAGUGAUCAUGAAAGGUUAUUGGUAAAAUGUUGUAAAGGUAAGACAAAUAAACAGGGUAAAGGUUGUCCUUUUAGAUUAUGGGCAACCUGGAUGAGCAGUGAAAAAUCAUUCCAGAUUAAAUCUCUGAAUGAUAUGCAUAAUUGUGCAAGAGUGUUCAAAUUUGGGUCCAUUGUUACCUAUAAAUGGAUAGCAAAGCAUUUCAUGAAUCAUAUACUUCAGAAACCAAAGAUGAGUAUAAGGAAGUUGAAAGCUAAGGUCAGCAAGAAAUUUAAUUUGAUUGCAAGUGUUGGUCAAUGCAGAAAUGCAAGGAAGUAUGCAUUUCAGGAGAUAGAGGGUACUUUGAAAGAGCAUUAUGCAAAAACAUGGAGCUAUGGAGAAGAGAUAAGAAGGACUAACCCUGGAUCAACAGUGAAGAUGGAUGUAGAUGUCAUGCCUGAUGGAACCACAUAUUUCUCAAAGUUUUAUGUAUGUUUCAAGGGAUUGAAGGAUGGAUGGAUUGAAGGUUGUAGGAGGGUAAUUGGACUAGAUGGUUGCUUCCUAAAGGGCAUAUGCAGAGGUCAGUUGCUCUCUGCUAUAGGUAGAGAUGCAAAUAACCAUAUAUAUCCCAUUGCUUGGGCUGUUGUAUCAGUGGAAAGUAAAGAAACAUGGAAGUGGUUUAUUAACCUUCUAAUUGAGGACCUUGGAAUGGGAGUUGGGCAUGGACUAACCUUGAUAUCAGACCAACACAAAGGAUUACUUGAGGCUGUGAAGGAAAGGGUCCCAGCAGCAGAGCAUAGGCAAUGUGCUAGGCACAUAUGUGCUAACUUCCUGAAAAGGUUUAAGGGCCAAGUGUUUAGAAAGCUUUUCUGGUAUGCUGCUGCAGCUACUACCCCUGCAAAAUUUGAACAACACAUGAAUGAAAUCAAGAAAUUAGAGCCACUAGCUUAUGACCAUUUGAUGGAAAGGGACCCUAAAACUUGGAGUAAAGCAUUUUUUCAGACUGAUAGGGCUUGUGAUGCAUAUGAAAAUGGUAUCUCUGAGAGUUUCAACUCUGUGAUUGAAGUUGCUAGGAAGAGACCACUAAUCACCAUGUUAGAAGAAAUUCGAAUUUAUGUGAUGGAGAGGCUUUAUAGACAGAAGAUUAAGGGGCAAUCUUGGGAUUUAACCAUAUGUCCUACCAUUAGGCUGAAGUUGUCCAAGCUUAAGGAUCUUCAAAGGUUUUGGAAAGUAAUACCAUCUGGUUAUCAACAGUAUGAAGUCAGACUUGGGUAUGAUGCAUAUGUUGUGGAUAUUGGUAGUAGGACAUGUGCCUGCAGAACUUGGCAGUUAACAGGUUACCCUUGUGUGCAUGGGUAUGCUUGCAUUGCAAGCCUCAACAGGGAUGUACAGGAACUACAUCAGCCCAUUGCCCCCAAAAGGAGAAGGCUACCAGGAAGACCAUCAACAAAAAGGAAAAGGGAUCAGAUUGAGAGGGAAAACCAAGGAAAAAAGCAUUCAAUCACAAAAAGAGGUAGUGUGAUGAAAUGCAGCAUAUGUAGGGAAAGUGGGCAUAAUAGAACAACCUGUCCUCAAAAACCAAUUGGGGAAUCAUCAAAUGCAAGUUCAAAGAAAAAGAAAUCCAAGAAAGCUGAUAAAGUGAAGGUUGUAUUGGCACAUGAAGUUGAUAUUGACAGUGACAGUGAAGUUGAAAUAGAACCUGAAAGUGAUGUUGACUCUUUUGAUCUUGAAUUUGAAGAUGAUGUGCAACCUGAAGUUGAAGAUGGAGUAGAACCUGAAGUCCAAGAUGGAGUGCAACAUGAAGUUCAAGAUGAAGUGCAAGCUGAAGUUGAACCUGAAAAUCAUCCUGAAGUUCAUGAUGCUAACCAAGUUGAAGUUCACCUUGCAGUUCAAGCUGAAGUUGAACCUGAAGUGCAAGUUCAAGUUGAAGAUGCUAACCAAAUUGUAGUUCAAGAUCAAGUGGAAAUACCAGCUUUUCAAGUUGUAGUGGGAAAGAGGGCAAGGAAACCUUCAGAAAGAAUUACAAAACUGAAGAUAAGAAAGAUGUGGGAGGGAAAACAGGGCAGUAGUGAUGACAAUCCGUAUGAGUUGGAUUAACUUUUGGCUUAUUGUACUGUUGUUAAUGUUUUUGGCAUCUUUGACUGACAUCUUUUAACUUUGGAAUCUUUUGGCACAUCUUUUGAAAACUAGUUGGAAUAGCUUAACUUUUUGCACAUCUUUUGG